UUUUGUGGAUGAAGGUAAUCGGUGAUUCAUUUGUGUGUUUGAGUGUGGAUUUUUUGUCGUGUCGUGUCGUGUCGUAAAAUGUCGUGAUUAGUGAUAGUGGAAAUAAAAGUGAUAAGAGAAAAAAAAGGCGUUUAUCGACAACGGAUUUCUCUGUGAGAAUAUCAAUAAACCUUUUGCUAACAACGUGAAGAAAUCAUGGAUGAACAACAAAAUGAUCCAGCAUACACUAAAGAUGUAAAUCAAAAUUGUAAUGAUCUGUUUAAAUUGGAAACGAAUGAAAAAGAUGAAAAUGAAAAAACAACAUUCCAGAGCGUUAUAAACGUUAAUUUAUUGAACAAUAACAACAGUAAUAGUAGCGUAACGCUAUCGAGUACGCUAAAAAGUGAUUUUCUAAAUUCAACCACACUGAAAAGUCCAAAUUUAGUAAAAAAUAAUAAUUUGAAAAAUAUUUUAAACGAUCAACCAAAAUCGGUUCAAAAUGAUCCAAGCAAUAAUGUAACAAAAACGGAUGAGACUCAUCCAAAAUCAUUAAAAGGUAUAUUAAAAACCUCUAAAACUACUGAAGACAUCUCGAGAAGUUCGAAAAAAAGCAGUGGUGAAACAUCUGUAGAUGAAAUUCAUUCACGAUUAGCUGAGAGUCAAAGUAAAAUAUCCGAAUUACAAAAUAGUUUGCCAACAAAAUUAAAUUCGGCAACAAUUGACGCGAUUAAAUCGAAUUAUUCGCCGAUUAAAAAUCAUUUACGACAGUCUACAUUUAAAACAAAAUUUGAAAUAAAUGAGGCACAGAAUGAAACAAAUAAUUUAAAUGCUGAGGAAACUGAUGAAACAAACGAUUCCGAAGAAUUAGAAAGUUUAGACGAUGAAUACCCCGAGAAACUCGAUGGAUAUGCUCGAUUUAUAAAAGAGUUUACAAUGAGUGAAGAUAAUAAAAAGAAAAAACGUAGCAAUAGCUUUCGAAAGAUUUCGAAAUUAUUUGGAUUACAAAAGAAAUCUGAACCGAAAACAGAUGAAAAGGCUUCUACAUCAUGCAUUGAGCAACCAUCAACCGGAUACUUUAAUCGAAAUACUCGCGAACGACAUACAUUUACGAAUUUCUCUUGUAAAAAUUAUUCGAAAGAACACACAAAACACGAAAAUUAUCCGAUCUCUGCCUGGACUACCAGUCCGAAUUCAUAUUUUAAGGAAGAUGAAUAUAGUCUUCCAAUUGACGCAUGCAUUCCAAAAGGGAAAAAAGAAGAAAGAGCAAAUAGUAAUCUACCCAAGCAAGCCACCCAAACCAUCGCCGAGGAUUAUGUUUGCAUGAAUCUCCAAGCAUCGACGAAAAAUGAUUAUGAAAAUAAUUACUUCUGCGAGAAAACUGAUAAUUCGCAAGAUCGUCACGUUCUGAUUGAACCGACAAAAGCAGUAAUACCAUUAAAUACCGAACGAGCAUUACCGAAUCCUUACCACAAAAAUAACAACGUCAUUCCAGAAAGUAUGAUCCUGGAACCAAUGUAUAUAAAUGUGAAUAAUAAAAAACAGGAAAAUUAUGAAAAUUGGAACGAUGGAACUUUGGAACAAAAUUUGAAUACACAAAUUGAGAAGCAAGAAAAGAUAUUCAAUUUAGAAUAUGAAACGAAAAUAUCGAAUUCACCAUAUGAGACGAUUUUUGGCCAUGUACGUCCCCAGGGAAGAAUUGUUACCAGAAGUUUAUCCCCCGAACAACGUUUAAAAAUGGAUGUUAAAUUACCAAUAAUAAAUUCGAGGAAAAGUUUAUCACCAACGCAGAAAAGUUUUAAUAAUGAAUGUUGCUUAAAAUCCACCCCCAAACAUGACGAACUCGAUGAUAUCGAAGUUAAAUCACCAAAAUCACCGAUAUCGAAAAUAAAAUCGAAUAAAAAGAGUAAAAAACUUAAUCGAAAUGAAACAAUUGAUGAAUUUUCACAUCAAAAUUUAGAAAUACCAAUCGAUUAUCCAGAAAUUAAUUUGAAUAAUAAUACAUCGAAAGAUUCGCCAAAAAAACAAUUAUACGAAAAUUAUCCGGAUGUUAAAUUAAAUCAAAAUCUGGAUACACUACACGGUAGGGAUGCCCGAUCCCACAAAACAACUGUGAAUCAAUCCAAUUCUAGAAAUGAAUCUGGAAUCAAUACGAAAUUCAUCGAUAAUUCGGAAUAUUGCCAAAAUUUACCUUCAAAUGAACCCAACCCCAAUCGAUUCCAAAAUAUUUCACAGUUGAAUACACCACACGCUAGAGAUGCCUCGUCAAAUGAUUCUCGAAAUGGAUCGAAAUUCUAG